AUGGCCCCUACAGGAUACCCAACACAGCAGUACCAUGUGGGGCAGUAUCCUAUGCAGGGUGCUGUGCCUGUGGUCCAAGGCUCUUUUGAUCCUGGUGCAAGAUUUAAUGCUGGGGCAACAGUCAAUGUUCCAGUAAGUACAUUAAUAUUACUAAGAUGAGGUGACCCUGCCUUGAAGAGUUUGAAGCUACGUGUGUGUUCUCAAGCAUUGUGUGACUGUUAGUUAAUAACCAAUCAAGUUUGUUGUUGUUGUUGUCAUGAAAUAACUGGUUGUACAAAACAAUCGUUAUUGUGAUCCUGGUCAGCUAUUGAGUACUAGUGAACUGUUAUUAUUUACAAUCUAUGUCAUAGAAUCUUCUUGUAACCCUCAUUGUUCUGAGAUAAAGAUAAAGGUAAAUCAGUGGUCUGUGGUGGGUAUAACUUUCCCUCUGCCUCUGUCUAGUUGAACAGUGAGCAGCCAACAAUGAUGAUAAUAAAACAAUUUCGUCAACCUUAUAAGUUAAUAAAGAUGUUAAAAUGCCAGUAAGUCUUAGCUUGAGAAAACAGACAACAUUUUGCGAUGUCCUUACUGGUCCCCCCCCCCAGAAAAUGGCGACCGAGAAACAAGCACACCAAUUUACCAUUUACUGAUCAUGCAUUAUUACCCAAUUAUCAGUAUGAAAUAGGCCUUUUUAAAAUAUACCUUAAGACUUUUGGUUUCCCCUCCAAAAUUUUGCAUAUAAGCCUUGUUUCUCUUUAGGGACUUACAAUCACCUCAACAGAAAUUGAAAACAAAGAGUAUUAUGGUAUUUUUGGAAAGGCCUAUUUCUGCGCUUGUUCUUUAGAGGUCAUUUUGCAGGGCAACCAUUGAUGGAGUCGUGAAGUGUCGGCUGUUUCCUAACGCUAAGUAAGCGGUUGAAAUGUUACUAUCAAAAUUUCAAGUAACUAAAUCAUGAGGGAAAUCAAAAUAUGUUUUUAUUAUUACAUCACAAAAUGUUAGCAUGCAUCCAUUACAUUCAAACCGAUCUAAUCUUUAUCCUUUGUUUUAAACAGCCUCCUCCUCCAGGUUAUGCUCCUAAUGCAGCUCAAAUGGCAGCAUCCCAGGGACAGUCUGUUAAUGUACAACAGAGGCAAGCUGGGUGGUUCAGCGGAGGUACCGGUGGAGGAUAUACCUUCUGGUAG